AUGCCCUUCAUUGUGUCUCCUGAGGGAAUAACCUUGGCACAGUCUGGUACAAUUAUGAAGUACAUCUGCAAAAAAGGAGGUGAUGUAUUGAACGUAAUUUGUUAAUCAGCUUAUCAUUCCUGCCGUAGCCUGCGAGCCGUGAGGAGACCGCGUGAGCGCGUGGCCAACCCCUCGCGCCUGCGUCUCCUUUUGCUUGUUGUUCUCGCGUGACUUUUCGCGACGACCCCAAAAGGAGAGCUGGCUCCCAGGCUACUCCUGCUCAUUAGCCUCCCGAGUAGAUGUUUUUGGAAGCUUCACGCGUUCUUCCCCCAAGGAAAGCAAAGCCCUAAGAAGGUCUGCGUAGGAAAUUACCUGUCGAUAUAGUUUAUACAAGUUUAUUUUCAAGUUUUUUUUUCUCCCCAUUCGAUUCAUUCCUUCCUUCCUUCCUUCCUUCCUUCCUUCCUUCUUUCUUUCCUUCCUUCCUUCCUUCCUUCCUUUCUUCCUUCCUUCCUUCCUUCCUUCUUUCCUUCCUUCCUUCCUUCCUUCCUUCCUUCCUUCCUUCCUUCCUUCCUUCCUUCCUUCCUUCCUUCCUUCCUUCCUUCCUUCCUUCCUUCCUUCCUUCCUUCCUUCCUUCCUUCCUUCCUUCCUUCCUUCCUUCCUUCCUUCCUUCCUUCCUUCCUUCCUUCCUUCCUUCCUUCCUUCCUUCCUUCCUUCCUUCCUUCCUUCCUUCCUUCCUUCCUUCCUUCCUUCCUUCCUUCCUUCCUUCCUUCCUUCCUUCCUUCCUUCCUUCCUUCCUUCCUUCCUUCCUUCCUUCCUUCCUUCCUUCCUUCCUUCCUUCCUUCCUUCCUUCCUUCCUUCCUUCCUUCCUUCCUUCCUUCCUUCCUUCCUUCCUUCCUUCCUUCCUUCCUUCCUUCCUUCCUUCCUUCCUUCCUUCCUUCCUUCCUUCCUUCCUUCCUUCCUUCCUUCCUUCCUUCCUUCCUUCCUUCCUUCCUUCCUUCCUUCCUUCCUUCCUUCCUUCCUUCCUUCCUUCCUUCCUUCCUUCCUUCCUUCCUUCCUUCCUUCCUUCCUUCCUUCCUUCCUUCCUUCCUUCCUUCCUUCCUUCCUUCCUUCCUUCCUUCCUUCCUUCCUUCCUUCCUUCCUUCCUUCCUUCCUUCCUUCCUUCCUUCCUUGUUUCCUUCCUUCCUUCCUUCCUUCCCUCCUCCUUUCCUUCCUUCUUUCCUUCCUUCCUUCCUUCCUUCCUUCCUUCCUUCCUUCCUUCCUUCCUUCAUUCAUUCAUUCCUUCCUUCUUUCCUUCCUUCCUUCCUUCCUUCAUUCAUUCAUUCAUCAACCCAUCCAUCCAUCGAACCAUUCAUCCAGUCCGUCUGUCCUCGUUCGCUCGUUCUUUUAUCAUUCUCCCAUUCUCCAUUUUUUCUUCAUUCUCUCUCUUUUCUUUUCUUUUCUUUUCUUUUCUCUUAUUCCUUGUCUCUGAGUCUUUUUUUCUCCUUUUCAUUCUCUCUUUCUUACCUUCCCUUCUUUUCCUUUCUCUCUUUUUUUUUUCUUCUUGCUUUUUAUUAGUUAAGAAGGCGAAUACUUGAUUAGCUUUCAUUUUUACUUAUGGUGAUUAGGUUUGUGCCCAGCUGACAGCUUUGAUGAAGCGACAGCGGAUAUGAUAAGUGAUGGAGUUACUGAUUUAUUUAGGCCAUUGAGCAACAUAUACCAUGAGAAAGAUGAAACGAAGAAGGUAUUGCAAAAGUUGAUGUCCGUUUCAGUUCCCCACAUAGAAUGUAGUCAUGCUUUACUCCGGACUGCAAUUCAGUCGGUCUUUUUCAUAAAAUCGGCUUUGCAAAGCGCUUCGCACGAUAUUCGGGAGUUUGAGCAAAGACGUUUUUGAGCGACGCCCGUCAACCGGAAGUGAACUUUUUGUAAUGUUGGGUCGUGAUUUUGAACAAAUUUUCUAUCAGAUCGUCUUUAUCAGAAUGAAGACACUGAGCUACCGCUCGCGCGCGCGUUCUUAAUCUAGGAAAAAAUACGGGCUGUUUUGCAGUCUAGAUUUCCCUCAGCGGCAUAAAAUUCUUAAUUUGCUAACAUUGGGAAUUGAACAAGGUCUGGAAGGGUAUUUUCGGGAUCCAGGAUUUGACCAAAAUACGGUGCGCGAUUCGGGAAAACGCAAAAUUUCUUGACGGGAAACAAGAUUUUACAGCUACCCUGGAAGCGGUAUACGCCAAAAUUUAAGCACGGGAUGCGGGAUGUUUUUGCCCGUAUGUUGUGAAUUCGGGAAAUCAUACGUUUGAGCGGCAAACUGCGAAUCAAUCGGGCACAUUUUGAGUGUUGUCUCCUUUCAGACCAAACUUUAAAGUGUGCCUUGUUUGUUUGUUUGUUUUUUGUUUGUAGAAACAAAAGAGCAAUUCGGGAAAGCGAUAUCGAAAAAAAAAAUGCGGGAUGCGGGAUUUUUUACCCCCUUUCAUCCUCUUGCAGACCCUGAUUGAAGUAAAAUACUUGGCUAAAAGAACGUGUUUCACAUAAUCGCAUUCGCGUCGGGCAUGAAAAAGUGUAAAGAAGGCAUAUAAAUUGAAGCCAGGGCAGUAUGGGGUAGUUACUACUUCGUUAGUUGUCUUUGUUCUAAGGAAACGCCUUAAAGUGGUUUUCAAGUAGUCAUUCAGCACAUACAUUAAUAAACGUUUUACCCACAAAAAAUGAUAUAUUUCUAAUAUAACGCUUGAGAAGCAAGAAUGAAACUAGUUUUAGCGGCGGCGGUUUUAGUUUUAGCGGCGGGUAUACAACAUCCAUAGAGGUUAUCGAUCCAAAUUUAUACAAUGAAGUGAAUUUUACGCGCGCUUUCAAUUCAUUGGUCGUUGUUCCGUGUACAAUCCUGUAGGUUUUACUCCAAAUUCUAUUUCCUAAAACUUUGUGUUAAUUAGUGAUCUAUGAUUUGCUUUGCUUUAAAAAUAAAGGAGGAGAUAAAAAAGGAGUUUUAUGGAACGACGCUUCCUGCCCGGCUCGAGAAAUUUGAAGCUCUUCUCAAAAACAGGGAUGAAGGCAAGGGCUUCUUUCUGGGCGAAAAGGUAAGAUUAGAAGAAUGCGCAAAGCGUGCCAAGGGGAUUAGGCCUGUUUAGAACACUAACGAGUAUAGUAAUUAAGUAAUAAAUAAAACGAUGAUAGCCUUAGAAUUCAGCCGUAUCCCCUCGUUCUCGCCACUAGGGACGUCCCAAGCGGCGAUCAGCCAUUGUUUUUGUUUUGAUUUUCAAAGCCGGCGCUUUUCGCUACUAAUAGUGGGCUAUAACAUAUAGCCUAGUAGUAGCUCAACCAGUCAGAACGCAGCAUUGAUAAUAGACCACACUAGCUGGAUUUUAAUAAAACACUAUAGCAGCUCAGAUAGCCACCACGAAAAGAAUCCGGUAUAGUGUAAGCAUACCGUAAAAUUUCGAAAAUAAGCCCCGGGGCUGAUAUUUUUCAAAGGCCCUUUUUGAGGGGAUUAUUUUUGGAGGGGCCUAUAUUCGGAGGGGCUUAUCUACGGAGGGAAAUUUUGCGUUUCAAAAUCGAUUGGGCUAGCUUUAUGGUUGGAAGUAAAUUUACCGUUUUUGCUUUGUUUUACUUUGUAUUUGAGGGCAAUUUUCCAAGUGCAAGCCCCCGGGGGGCUUAUAUUUGGAGGGGCGAUUUAACGGAAGGUUUUCUGCGUUACCGGAUUGGGGGGCUUAGUUUGGAGGGGCUUAUUUUCGGAAUUUUACGGUAGCCUAAUACAUUAUGUGCGGUUACACGGGACACUUUUUAUUUACCAUGGCAAAUGACCCUUUCACCGUGGGAAAUUGCCUCGGUGCGUGUGACCGGACUUUCCCGAGAUACAUUUACCAUGAGAAAUAUCCAUGGUUACGUCAAAAAGAGCAAAGAAACCGCCCAUGACAUUGAACUUGGUAAAAAGCUAGGGUUUUCUAUACCCAAGCAAAACAACCAUCAGGUUUGUUCAAAAUGAAAACGCAAAAAAUUGCUUUUUUAAACUCGUUUCUUUCGCACCUGUUGAGAGAAAGAUCGAUGGUGACAUGGCAGAUUUCAUGGCAAAAUUUUGAACUGGUUUGCUGAAAUAAAUUUAGAAACGAUAUUUCCCAAAAAUAUGUUCUAUUCCUGGUAUCGAACAGUGGGAUGCAGCUGAACUGUAAAAUCGAACUAUGUACCUUCGCUAAAUUAUCAUGAAUAACAUACCAGUUUCAGCUAUAAAAUUAUACGUAAAUUUUCAACAUAACAUAAAAUACUACCAAUGUCGACGGCGAUUAUUACCGUAACUGCGCGAAUGAAGCCAUAACCUGAUAGCAGCUUAAUUACCUUAGGCCCGUUUCAAACGUCGUGUUACCGCCGUGCCGAACUCAAUUCGUAAAUUAUAAAUACAUUAGAAUACAUUUAAAAGUUUGCUAAACCGUUUCUUUGUUUUUGUGUUUUGUUUUUGGGAACCGCCGUUGUUCGACUGAAUAAAUUUCGACGUCUGAAACCAAGUCGUGCUAGUGUCGUGCUGCAGUCGAGCUACAGUCGAGGCAGCUUAGUACGGCAGAAGCACGACGAAUUUGAAACAGGCCUUAAUGGGAACUCUAAACUAAACCCAAGUUAAAUUUACCAGGUCUUCGUUAACGUGGGAAGAGCCUUUUACCAUGGUUUGUGUAACCGCAUCUAUUGCCUGAGGCUUAUCAUACACGCAGAAGAAAGGUUACCCCAAUCCUACGCCCCUGGCGUAACUGCGAUUUCUUUCUGUUUCUUAUCUGCAGCUGAGCUAUGCCGACAUCACUUUCUUUGACUUCUUUAACAACUUCCAUUCGAAGGGUAAAGAGGAUGUUCCUGAGGAACUUGAGAAGUUCCCGCUCUUGGUGGAGCAUUAUAAACGGGUGUUAAACGUGCCCGAAAUAAAUGAGUGGGUAAAGAAACGCCCUGUUAGCGAAUUCUAA